CAUUCAGUGGCGGGUUCUGCGGUGGACGCAGCUCUGACGGGCGGGCGCUGCUCUCGCUCAGUAGGAACAGGUCCUCGGCCGGCAUCGCUCAGCGGGUAGCAGCCGCAGGAGGAGGUGCUGCGGAGGAGCGAGGAUGCUGUCCCGACUGCGCGCGGCCUGGGCGCCCUGCGCGGCGGCGCGGCGCGGGCUGCACACCAAGGAGAAGGGCAAGCCGCUCAUGCUGAACCCGCGCACCAACAAGGGCAUGGCCUUCACCUUACACGAGCGACAAAUGCUUGGGCUGCAGGGACUCCUGCCUCCCAAGAUAGAGACACAAGACAUCCAAGCCUUACGCUUCCACAAGAAUUUGGCAAAAAUGACUGACCCCUUGGAGAAGUACAUCUACAUCAUGGGGAUCCAGGAGAGAAAUGAGAAGCUGUUCUACAGGGUGCUGCAGGACGAUAUUGAGCGCCUAAUGCCCAUUGUGUACACUCCAACCGUGGGCCUGGCCUGCUCCCAGUACGGACACAUCUUCAGGAGACCAAAGGGAUUAUUUAUUUCCAUCUCAGACAGAGGCCACAUAAGGUCAAUUGUGAACAACUGGCCAGAGAACGACGUUAAGGCUGUUGUCGUCACUGAUGGAGAAAGAAUAUUGGGUCUUGGAGACCUGGGGGUGUACGGGAUGGGAAUUCCAGUGGGAAAGCUGUGUUUGUACACAGCCUGUGCAGGGAUACACCCAGAUAAAUGCCUGCCUGUGUGCAUCGACGUGGGGACUGAUAACACAACACUCCUGAAGGAUCCCUUCUACAUGGGGCUGUACCAGAAGAGGGAUCGCUCGCAGGUCUACGACGACCUGAUCGAUGAGUUCAUGGAAGCCAUCACUGACAGGUAUGGCCAGAACACCCUCAUCCAGUUUGAAGACUUUGGAAACCACAAUGCUUUCCGGUUCCUGAGGAAGUACAGAGAGAAGUACUGUACCUUCAAUGACGACAUCCAAGGGACAGCCUCGGUGGCCUUGGCAGGACUGCUGGCAGCCCAGAAAGCCACGGGGAAACCACUCACGGAGCAGAAAGUGCUGUUCCUUGGAGCAGGAGAGGCCGCCCUGGGAAUUGCCAACCUCAUUGUCAUGGCCAUGAUGGAAGGCGGUGUUUCCCACGAGGAGGCCUCCAAGAGAGUAUGGAUGUUCGACAAGCAUGGCUUGCUGGUCCAGGGCCGAGAGCAGAAGGUGGAUUCCCACCAGGAGCCAUUUACACAUCCAGCUCCGGAGCAGAUACCAAAGACAUUUGUAGAGGCAGUGAAUGUACUUCGGCCUUCAGCUAUCAUCGGAGUGGCUGGGGCAGGGCGUCUCUUCACCCAGGACGUGCUCAAAGCCAUGGCUUCCAUCAACGAGCGACCCAUCAUAUUUGCACUGAGCAACCCCACGGUGAAGGCCGAGUGCACGGCAGAGGAGGCCUACACGCUGACAGAGGGCCGGUGCCUGUUUGCCAGCGGCAGCCCCUUCGAGCUGGUCACUCUGAAGGAUGGAAGGACCUUCAAACCGGGCCAAGGAAACAACGCUUACAUCUUUCCAGGCGUGGCUCUGGCUGUGAUCCUCAGCAGCGUCCGGCACAUCAGUGAUAAGGUUUUCCUGGAGGCUGCCAAGGCAUUGGCAGAACAGUUGACAGAUGAAGAGCUUGCACAAGGAAGACUUUAUCCUCCACUGUCCAAUAUCAGGGAAGUUUCUAUUUAUAUUGCUGUCAAGGUGAUGGAGUUCCUGUACGCCAACAACAUGGCCUUCCACUACCCCGAGCCGGCCGACAAGAGCCGCUACAUCCGCUCCAAGGUCUGGACCUACGAGUACGAGUCCUUCAUGCCGGACGUGUACGACUGGCCCGAGUCCAAGGUGCACUGACAGCCCCGCGCCCGCUCCUCAGGCAGCGCCUCUACUCUGCAGGGAUCCCCUCCUCAGACCAACUGUAAUCAUGAUCUGUCACUCCUCUAAUUUAUUUGCGCUCCUUUCGUUGCCUGGUUUUUGUUUUUUCUCCCCGGUUUUUCACCUGAUUUCUCCCAAGUACCUGAUAAACUGUAUGGAUGACGGCAUCUGCCACAGGGAUGAGAGAGCCCUCCAAAAUUAAUUCAAACAAUAACGUUGCGUUUCUAGCUUAGAGCCAGCACCACACCGAAGAAUUCCAUUAAUGAUAUUUUAGCUACAUCUGUUUCACGAUGAACUCUAGCUCUCUCAUCACUGCUGAUCUCCAGAAUGAUUUAUUUCUGCCUUUAAUAAUCAGUCUUCUAAUUGUCCUAGUGUUGUCACACUGCAUUAGCUGUGACAUCAAGGGGAGACCACUUGUUGUAGAAAAAACAAAAGGGCAGUUAAAGACAACUUGGAGAGUGUGAUGGGCCUUCUGUUUUGUUUAAUGUUUAAAGAUGCCCAUGUCCAGACAUCCUGGUGGCGUUGGCUGCUGUUUCCUUAAGGAGCAGCAAGAUGUACACCUGUGGGGUCUGCAGCAAAGUUUGCAGCUUUGUGUUCAUCACUCCGUGAAAUCUGUUCUCAGGAAAAAUGUGGGCUAGUUCAAAUUGUCCUUGGGAAGCCUGAAAGUAAUACUAAUCACUUAAUAGCUUUUAAAAACAAAGCCAUAGUGUCACAGAAUAAAUUUUAUUGGGUAGAGGUAGGACCUGAAGUAAUUUAUGGAAAUCUUUUUAGAGGUUUUACUAGGAGAUUUUAAGCAAUGGACAGCGAAAUGAUGUACCAAAGGAUCUUUACCUAAUUUUUUUUAAUUUUUUCAAGAUUCUGUCUUGUCUAAGCCAGGUUGUUUUCUCCCUUGCUCUGACAAAAAGACUGGUGUGUGAUGUUUUAUGACACUGCUGACUCGAGAGCUGCGAAGUGGGCUCACUUGGAACCAGCACGCCGUGGGCAGCUGCUGGGGCUGGAGCAGGGAUGUUGUCAGGCAGCUAUCCACAGGAGUCUGGCUGAAUGCUUCCUGAGGUCUCAGUCCUGUGCUCUGGUCAGCGUGGGUGCUGGACCCACAGCAUGCAGUGCUGCAAGCCCCAUACUUGCUGCACUUACAGGCCUGCUUUGUCAGGUCCUGGUGUGAAAGCAGAAGCUCCCAGUGAGCUUUUCCUUGCCAGGGGUAGUGCUGCACGUUUGCUGCAGAUGCCACAGUGUACACUCCCCCAGCUGCCUUGGAGCCAGGCCAGAGGGGGACAGGCAGGGACACCCAGAGGUGGCCACAGCCUGUGGCUGCCCCGUCUGUGCUGCCUGCAGCCAGAACAGCCACCUGCCAGGAACAGAAAUAAAGACACCAGGCUGCUCCAGUUUGCUGCAGCAAGGCAGGAAAAGGGCGGGAGUAAAUAAACAGACGGAUGUGCCAGCAGUGCUGUACUGGCAGACAUCAUCCAAAGAGAUAAAGCAGAGCUUGCUCAGGAUUUACCCAUGGCAAGCACUGCUCUCCUACCCUCAAUUACAGAGGAAAAUGCAGUCUCCACAGAACAGGCCAGAACAGAGCAGGGAAAAUGGUCUCAAUGCCCCCUCAGGCGCCCACAGCCUAAUCUCUGGCUCUAAAAUUGUAUCCACACAAAGAACAGUAAGCUUUGGGAAGGUGCUGCCUGUGUGGGGAAAGAAGACUGAUUAUAUAAACACAGAAAAGAGUGAUGUGGGGAAAAAAACUGUGGUGUUCAAGCUGUGGUAAAGUGUUGUGUGGUGGGGCUCGAAGUGCUUCACUGCUGAGUGCUGACAUGCACAGGGGCACGAGCUUGCACUUGCAAGUGAAUGUACAAAAGACACCAACACACACACAGGGUGUUUUUACAAAGAGUGCUUUUUUCAUCUAUUUUUGCUAUGCCUUGUUUGUACCGUAUUUAAAUUAGUGAUCUUAAUGAAAGAGAAAUUAUUUAUUCAAUGUAUGAAUUACUUUUGCCUUCUGAAAACCCAGCUCUACCUGAAGCCUGUUGUAUUGUGCCAGUGGAGUUCUGCAUCACUGGAUUCCGGAGUGCUGGGAACACACGCUUCCUCCCUUCUGCCAGCAGCCAGUUAGAUGAGUAACAAAACCACCCAAAACGCGCUGAUCUCACGUCCCACAGUGACCACAGAGGCAGGGCAGCCGCUGCCUGCCUCUGCCUUAGGAGGCAAGGAUCCGUGCCCGCCCCUUCAGUCUGAUUGUGUUGUUUCCAAGGAUCUCAGCUGGUGUCCGCAGCCCUCGGGGGAGGCGGCUGGGCCGUGCUCCGGGCGGGAGCGAUGCCGUUCCUGUGCAGGGAACUGCUCUGAGCAGCCCUGGCCCCUUCUGGCGCUGCCUCCCUGCUCUCCAGCCGCUGCGUUUUCCCCCUCCUGGCAGCGGGAUUGACGCUCCUGCACAGCCAUUCUUCUGGAAAUCCCGCUGCGGAGGUGAGGGAAAAGCAGUCCCUAGGAGAGGAGCAGCCCGGGCUGUGCUGGAGGUGUGGCUGGCUCUGUCCCCUGCCAGCCGGAGCUGAGCCAGGCACGGCCUCCCGGGCUCUGUCGGCCUGGCUCUGUGGAUCCUCUGCAGCUUGCAGUGUGGACAGGGGUGUGCACAUCCCUUCCAUGUGCAGCCAUUGUUUCCUGUUGGCAACAGGCAACCCGUCAGCUCACACAGUUCUAAGUCCACUUCACUCUCUCUUUCAUCUUCUCCAGAAUUAUUUUUUUUUCAUACAUAGGAUUUUUAGAUAGAUUCAUGUUCAGUUUUCCUUCAGGUACAAUUAAUCCUUGAACUAAUUACAACUGCUAAUCUUGCUGGCUACUAAGGAACCACUUUCCUUUUUCAUAUUCUACUUAACAUGAUUUUUUCUGUUUGCUGGUUUAUUCAAAAUAUUUACUGGUCUUUAUCUGUACAGAAAAUUCUCUUAGACAGUAUGCAAAGGGAAACAGGUGUCACCAGGAUGCAUUUUGUCAUGUUACAUAAUGUAAGUCAAAAGAAUACAUCACCUAAAGGACCACCAGUGUUGUAGUUUGUCACACAGCCCCCGUGACUUGCCCUCCAAAUGCUUUUAUAAAAGACUGUCUUCCAUGUCUCCUUGGGGUGUGCAGAACCCUUCUGGGAGGAUCAGGAAUUUCACUGAGGUCAGCCUUUUCCAGGAUUUGUCCAAUCCUUGCUUUCUUAAAAUCAGCAGGAGCAGGACUGAGCCUCUUGGCAGCAGCCUGUAGGAGUGUUUGGGGAGAGUAAAGGUAUCUAAUGAAACACAGCCUUUCUUUUAAAAAUACCUGUGGUUUUGUUAAAGGUGUUGCAAAGGUUUGUGUGUUCCUGAAGCCUCUGCCAACCUGACCUGUAGAAGGAGACAAUUAAAAUGUUGUGUCUGAUACAUUUUAAACCCCCGGUGUGACACGUGGCACAAGUUCUCGGUUACAUUUGUGGACAGUGAUGCAUCCUGAUCUGUUGUGUUCCUUUUCCAAGCUUCAAACCAAGUGACACUUUACCUGCAGAGUGGUGUGUAACAGGUUUCCUGUGGUCGGUGCGUGUCUUCCUCUUGUACUGUUGUUUCCAGCACGCUGUUUUACGGGGAUAAAGUAACUCUGUCACACUCCUCUGGUAGUACCUGCCAAGAUGAACGAUACACCUUUUAGUUUCAAUCUUUAGCAGCCCUCCGUGGUGACUGUUCCUGUGGGAGAGUGGGGAUCACUAUUGUACAGCUCCCACCCAGGUUUCAGUUCAGCUGACUCCGGCGCCGGCAGUCCCGGCUGGUUUUGUUUGCUGGGGCUGGCUGCAGAGGGGCAGAGCUGAGCUCCUCUGCCAGCCCCGCAGAGCUGAGCUCCUCUGUGGCCCCGCAGAGCUGAGCUCCUCUGUGGCCCCGCAGAGCUGAGCUCCUCUCUGGUCCCGCAGAGCUGAGCUCCUCUGUGGCCCCGCAGAGCUGUCUGUGGCUCAGAUCAGUGUGAGAACAGCCGGGGCUGUCUCCCUGCCAGUGCUUCCAGCUGGAUAAACCACUGUCAUUUCUGCUCGCGGGACGAUCCGAGCGCUGCCCCGCUCCGUUGCAGCCACGGCUGGCGGGCAGGGACUGCUGUUACACGGGAGGAGCAAAUCCAGAGCCAAGCUCUGCUGCACUGGCUUGGCAGCUGAAUUUGGGCAAAGCCGUUCAGCUGCUGCUGCUGAAGGCACAUCUGACUGACUCCGUGUGGACCUGCCUGCCCCGUGCGCUCCCGUGGGACUCCGGGCGAGCGCCCGGGACGAUGCAGCACGGCUUCCCCGCGCCUCCCGUUCUCCGUGGGGAUGGCAGGGCUCACCCGGGCACGGCGGCUGCAGCUGGGCGGGCAGGUUCUGUCCCCGUGCCCUGCUGGUGCUGCAGCAGCCCGAGCUGCCCGGUCGUGCUCCCCAGACACGAGGGGCUCAGCCAGGCUGAGCUCAGCUCUCCACGUGCCGUCGGCUUCGGCUCGUCCGUUCGUCAGCCAGACCCUUUCUAAUGGAAUAAAAAUACUCUUAGGACUUAAGGUGGCUGCCUUGUCAACACAACAGCAAAAUAACCUGUGUUUGUUUCUAUAUUAAACAUAUCUACCUUAUGCAAAUCAAUGUGAGCCUGCUGGGGCGCUUGUGAGAGCAGUUCCAGCCUGAUCUGUGCGGGGUUGGCUGUGCCUGGGAGGGUCAUUGCUCAGCUGAAACUAAAACUGUAUGUCAAAUGUGAAGUGGUUGGGGUUUCUUCCUACUUUAUAACGUUGUAACUCUAUUGAAAUGUGUGUUCUAGUCUUCUAUUUUCUUAGUAAAAUGCAUUCCCUUUGCCUA